GUAUAUUUCGAAGAGAGCCACCGUAGCCUUUCUCAGCUGCUUGGGUUUUAUCAUCAUGUUUGGCAUGAGGACUAGUAUGGGGAUCAUCAAAGUUAAAAUGAGCAAUACAACGUGGGACCGGGAAACAUUGGCCUCGAUGGACGCGGCUAUCUUCUAUGGUUAUUUUGUCACCCAAAUCCCAGGUGGUUUGAUAGCAGCUAUCUACCCAGCCAAUAAACUAUUUGGGGCCGCGAUUGGUUUUUCCUGCUUCCUCAACUUAUUUUUGCCUUCCUUUCAACAUAAACCACAUGCCUUCAUAUUCGUCAAGGUCAUACAGGGCCUUGUAGAGGGUGUCACUUAUCCAGCUUGCCAUGGUAUUAUGAGACACUGGGCGCCUCCGCUAGAAAGAUCAAGGCUUGCUACAUUAGCAUUUACUGGAAGCUAUGCCGGAGUCAUGUUUGCCAUGCCUAUAACUGGUGAACUGGUGGAGCACUGGGGAAUCGUAGCACCUUUUUAUUUUUAUGGUGCAAUAGGAAUACUAUGGUACCUCGCGUGGUUGUGGCUGGUAUUUGAGAAGCCAGCUUACCACACUUGCAUCGAGCUCAAAGAAUUGGCUUUAAUAGAGACCUCUUUAGGAGGAUCACAAGAAUCCUACGUCGCGCCGUCGUUGACAAGCACGCCUUGGUUGACGUUCUUCACAUCAAUGCCUUGCCACGCGAUAUUCGUGGCCAACUUUUGUCGCUCGUGGAACUUUUAUCUGUUAGUUAUGUUCCAAGCAUCGUUUUUCAAGGAUAUAUAUCAUGUAAACUUGAAAGAGAAUGCCUUUUUAGGAGCCCUACCGCAUUUAUUGAUGACCAUCGUAGUCCCUCUAGGGGGUAUUGUAGCAGAUAAAAUUAGGAAAAAAGGAAUCCUAAACACGACACAAGUGAGGAAGUUAUUCAACUGUGGAGGUUUCGGUAUGGAAGCAACUUUCUUCAUAGUAACGGCCUACGCUCAGGCGUUUACUCAGGGAAUAACCGCACUGACUAUCGGUGUGGCUUUUAGUGGCUUCGCUAUUUCGGGAUUCAAUGUGAAUCAUCUGGAUAUUGCCCCAAGAUAUGCCAGUAUCCUUAUGGGAUUGUCCAAUGGAAUUGGAACAAUGAGUUUCGUCACAUGCAAUUUAAUGAAAUCUGUAUAUGGAUAUGAUUUGCAGACGAAAGAAGAAUGGAGAAUAGUGUUGGUCUUCUCAGCAUGUGUGCAUUAUGCUGGUAUCACAUUCUAUGGGUUGUUCGCUUCUGGAGAACAACAACCGUGGGCUGACCAAAAAGCAGAAAUUGAAAAGCAGCAGUGGAGUGAACUAGAUCAACCAAUGCCACUCAAAGGCUCACAGGUAAAUAGCACAAUAUACAAGGUGUUUAAAAACCAUCAUCAUCACCUAUAUACGACCUGUAGGUACAGGUUGCUCACUGAGACUCUGCGAGUCCAGUAUCUUUAUGACGAUCACAUGUAUGUCCGUUCUUGCGGAAGCCAUCAGCAAUAA